CGCACGCGCACAGUCUCCUUGCCGGGCUCGCCCUCCGGGCAAGCGCACGGCGGACACCUGCAAGCCCGGAGGCGGCGGUGGCUGUGAACCCGGCGGCUCGGCGAAGCCUGCGCCGGCUGCCUGGGCCUCCUGGGCCGGGAGCUGGCGCCGGGGGCGGCGGCGGUGUAGGAAAGCGGCGCCGCGGUGGGGCCUCCUGGACGCGUCGGCGGAGGUGGCUUCAGUCCGGUGGUGCCCCGGCUUCAGUUGGUUGAAUCUACAUAUGCAGAAUCUGCAGGUACAGAGAGCUGACUGUAUAGAGAGAGAAUGAUAAAACAAAGAGUGUCAAAUUAGCAGUUGGUGAAUCUGGAAGAGCAAACCCACAAGUCAACUAGGGAGUUGGCUUCCCGAGACUGAGGUGUUCUGACUCUCCUGGAUCCAGUCCCCACCCCUCAAGAGGGUUCGAGCAGCUCAUCCACAUCAGACUGGUGCACGCCCUGGAUGGAGCCAGGCAGGUGGAUGGCAAAGCAGAGACCUAACUUCAUGAGAACCUGAACACAGAAGCUGCAUAGCCAGGCUUGCUGGUGACCUGCUGGCCUCCCCAGUCAUCCCCACUGGGAGGCAUCACUAUAGCAGGCUUUCACCAGUCCUUGGGAUGCCCAUAGGGAUGGGUGAGGCCCGCCUGGCCUGUGGUGCUUCCCAGUGGCCGUCAUCUCACUAGGGCCACACGGUGGCAUUAGGAUGCACCUCUCAGCAGUGUUCAACGCCCUCUUGGUGUCGGUGCUGGCGGCGGUCCUGUGGAAGCAUGUGCGGCUGCGUGAGCAUGCGGCCACACUGGAGGAGGAGCUGGCCCUCAGCCAACAGGCCUCAGACCCAGCGCCAACACUAAGGAUCGACUACCCAAAGGCACUGCAGAUCCUGAUGGAGGGCGGCACACACAUGGUGUGCACAGGCCGCACGCACACAGACCGCAUCUGCCGCUUCAAGUGGCUCUGCUACUCCAAUGAGGCUGAGGAGUUCAUCUUCUUCCAUGGCAACACCUCUGUCAUGCUGCCCAACCUGGGCUCCCGGCGCUUCCAGCCAGCCCUGCUCGACCUGUCCACUGUGGAGGACCACAACACCCAGUACUUCAACUUCGUGGAGCUGCCUGCCGCUGCCCUGCGCUUCAUGCCCAAGCCAGUGAUCGUGCCAGACGUGGCCCUCAUCGCCAACCGCUUCAACCCCGACAACCUCAUGCACGUCUUCCACGACGACCUGCUGCCACUCUUCUACACCCUGCGGCAGUUUCCUGGCCUGGCCCACGAGGCACGGCUCUUCUUUAUGGAGGGCUGGGGUGAGGGUGCACACUUCGACCUCUACAAGCUGCUUAGCCCCAAGCAGCCUCUCCUGCGGGCACAGCUGAAGACCCUAGGCCGGCUGCUGUGCUUUUCCCAUGCUUUCGUGGGCCUCUCCAAGAUCACCACCUGGUACCAAUAUGGCUUUGUCCAGCCCCAGGGCCCGAAGGCCAACAUCCUCGUCUCAGGCAGUGAGAUCCGGCAGUUUGCACAGUUCAUGACAGAAAAGCUUAAUGUGAGCCAGGCAGGAGCCCCACUAGGUGAGGAGUACAUUCUGGUCUUUAGCCGAACCCAGAACAGACUCAUCCUGAAUGAAGCAGAGCUGCUGCUGGCACUGGCCCAGGAGUUCCAGAUGAAGACAGUGACAGUGUCCCUGGAGGACCACACCUUUGCUGAUGUCGUGCGACUGGUCAGUAACGCCUCCAUGCUGGUCAGCAUGCAUGGGGCCCAGCUGGUUACCACCCUCUUCCUGCCCCGUGGGGCAACUGUGGUGGAGCUCUUCCCAUAUGCCGUCAAUCCCGACCACUAUACUCCCUAUAAGACACUGACCAUGCUGCCUGGCAUGGACCUCCAAUAUGUAGCCUGGCGGAACAUGAUGCCAGAGAACACAGUCACACACCCUGAGCGGCCCUGGGACCAGGGGGGCAUCACCCACCUGGACCGGGCUGAGCAAGCCCGUAUCCUGCAAAGCCGCGAGGUCCCACGGCAUCUCUGUUGCCGGAACCCUGAGUGGCUCUUCCGAAUCUACCAGGACACCAGGGUGGACAUCCCAUCCCUCAUUCAAACCAUACGGCGCGUGGUGAAGGGCCGGCCAGGACCACGGAAGCAGAAGUGGACAGUUGGCCUGUAUCCAGGCAAGGUGCGGGAUGCACGGUGCCAGGCAUCAGUGCAUGGCGCCUCCGAGGCCCGCCUCACUAUCUCCUGGCAGAUCCCAUGGAACCUUAAGUACCUGAAGGUAAGGGAGGUGAAGUAUGAGGUGUGGCUGCAGGAGCAGGGAGAGAACAACUAUGUGCCUUACAUCUUGGCCCUGCAGAAUCACACCUUCACUGAGAACAUCAAACCCUUCACCACCUACCUGGUGUGGGUCCGCUGCAUCUUCAACAAGAUCCUCCUGGGACCCUUUGCAGAUGUGCUGGUGUGCAGCACGUAGUGAGUGGGCCACAGCCUGGCCUUGGGAUGGUGGCUCCUGCAGUUCAGCUUCCCUGAGCCUGUUAAUCCCACUGUGGAGACUUCUAUUGUCUAUUUAUUGAGCAGGCCUGUGCCUCCCUGUCAUCUUGUUGCCUCUGGGGUGAGGUGUCACAGCACUCCUCUCUGUCCUGGAGAUACAGGACGCAACCCCACCUUCUCCCAUCCUGAACGUUCAUACCCCUGGAGAAGUUCCUUAGGAGGAGGAAGAGGAGAGGAAGGAAAGAAAGAAUCACAAGGAACCUCUGGCUAGGAGGUGAUCCUGAUGUUUUCUACUGAGUUUUUCUGGUGUCCAGAUUUCUGGAAACCAAGUAAUCAUGUGCUAUUUGAUUGAGUGGUUCAUCUGCUUCCAUCCCAGUGAAAUUUACCCAUAGCCCAGUGAAGGGUAUGUUUGGAACAUUCAUUAAAUGAUUCUAAGCAUC